AUGGUGCGGUCCUUACGGAAGUACCUUGGUGACUACCUGGCAGAGCGCCGGACCCGCCGAACCCGCUUGGUAUCAAAAGAUGGACACUGCAACAUCGAGUACGGCAACGUCAGAUAUCAUAACCGUUUUGCCUACAUUCUCGAUUUCUGGACAACGCUCGUGGAAAUCCGAUGGCGUUAUGUGCUCAUCUUCUUCGUGGCCUCCUUCACGAUGAGCUGGUUUAUCUUUGGUCUGAUCUGGUACUGGAUUGCGAGAGACAAUGGAGAUCUUACCUGGCAGAGCCCAGUAGACAACCACACGUCGUGUGUGGACAAUGUGUAUGGUCUGACCACAGCCUUUCUGUACUCGCUUGAGACCCAGACAACCAUAGGGUAUGGUGGACGUGCCAUCACCCCACAAUGUCCAGGAGCUGUUGCCUUAAUCAUCAUUCAGUCCAUCAUUGGUGCUCUCAUCAACUGCUUCUGGUGUGGAGUGGUUAUGACAAAGAUCUCUCUGCCCAAGAAGAGGGCCAAAACCAUAAACUUCACUGAAGCAGCUGUCAUUUGCCCCAAAAAUGGUUCACUUUGCCUUCAAAUCCGUGUGGCUAACCUUCGCAAGACCCUCAUGAUUGGAAGCCAGAUCUACGGCAAGUUGCUAAGGACAACCAUAACGGCCGAAGGAGAGGCCAUCAUUUUGGAUCAGGUCAACAUUGAUUUCACUGUCGAGUCUGGAAAGGAUAACUUGUUCUUUGUGUGUCCCUUGACUCUUUAUCAUGUAAUUGACAAGUCCAGUCCGUUCUUUGAGAUGGCAGUGGACACACUACACCAACAGGAGUUUGAGCUUGUGGUCUUCCUAGAUGGCACAGCUGAGUCCACCAGCUCCUCCUGUCAGGUCAGAACUUCAUACAUCCCACAAGAGAUCAUGUGGGGCUACAAGUUCCAGUCCAUCAUCUCACGGAGCAAAGAGGGCAAGUACCGCAUCAACUUUUCCAACUUCUCCAAAGUGGUGCCAGUGCCCACGGCACACUGUGCCUACUGCUUUCACAACGAGAAAGGUCACCACCACCAUGUUAAAGAUGGUGGAAACGACAACCAUGGAUUUGAGGUCAUUGACAUCAAUGACCACCAACCUUGUGGCACCAAGAUGUAG